UGAACUACAAGAAGAAGUAAAACUGAGAAGGAGCGGAAGCAGAACCCCAACAGUCCUACAUGUGCUCCACCGUGUGCAGACAGUGAAGACCAGCGCAGACCAGACAGAAAAUAACCCUCCAGUCUCCGUGAAUUUGCUGCUUUAUUCCGGUGAUCAUGAAGCCAGGUUUUAGCCCUCGUGGUGACAGAGGAGGGAGAGGUGGAGGACGAGGAGGUUUCAGAGGAGGAUUUGGUGACCGAGGAGGAUUUGGUGACCGAGGAGGACGUGGAGGAUUCAGAGGAGGACGAGGAGGUGGAAGUUUCAGGUCCCCAGAAGGUGGAGGAUUCCGGGGCAGAGGAGGCGGCAGAGGCACCCCGAGAGGAAGAGGAGGCAGAGGGGGGAGAGGAGGUGGCAGAGGAGGCUUUGGAGGAGGGAAGAAGGUCUUAAUUGAGCCACACAGACAUGAAGGAGUGUUCAUUUGCAGAGGCAAAGAAGAUGCCCUGGUCACUAAGAACAUGGUGGUAGGAGAGUCUGUGUAUGGAGAGAAAAGGAUCAGUGUGGAGGAAGGAGAGACUAAGACUGAAUACAGAGCCUGGAAUCCAUUCCGCUCCAAGCUGGCAGCGGCCAUCUUAGGAGGCGUUGACCAAAUCCAUAUCAAGCCAGGAGCUAAAGUCAUGUACCUGGGAGCUGCCUCUGGUACCACAGUGUCCCAUGUUUCUGACAUUGUUGGACCGGAAGGACUGGUCUACGCUGUGGAGUUUUCCCAUCGAUCAGGUCGUGAUCUUCUCAAUGUGGCAAAGAAACGCACCAACAUUAUUCCAAUCAUUGAAGACGCUCGGCACCCACACAAAUACCGCAUGCUGGUUGGAAUGGUGGAUGUGAUUUUUGCUGAUGUUGCCCAGCCUGACCAAACAAGGAUUGUUGCUUUAAACGCUCAUAACUUCCUGAAGAAUGGCGGACACUUUGUUAUCUCGAUAAAGGCCAACUGUAUAGACUCGACAGCGGCUCCAGAGGCAGUGUUUGCAUCAGAAGUGAAGAAGAUGAGUGUUGAGAACAUGAAACCACAAGAACAACUCACAUUGGAGCCGUAUGAAAGAGACCAUGCUGUGGUGGUGGGCACCUACAGACCGCCACCUAAACAGAAGAAGUAAAGUGUGGAAGAGAGCUCUGGCUGACAAUUACCAUUUUCAACCACCAUCUACCUUUGGCACUGUCUAUGUUGUGUGUUGCUCUGUUUUCACCUCCUCCUGCCUGUUAUUAGGUUUCCUUCACAGUGUGAACUGAAGGCUACCUAUCAGGCUAAAAUUUAGCUGAGGUUCUAUUCUUUGAGUCAUUUUAAUGAGUUGCACCAAACAUCCAACCUUUGGACGGUCCCUUUAUUACUGGGUCUGUUAACACCAUAGAUUGCCUUCGGAAUUGGUGGCCACACUGGAGCGUCAUGUUAGUAGUCUGUAAUAUACAAACUAGUACUCUGUAAUAUGAUCCACCUGUAUUUCAUAUGUCUUAUGUAGAUAUGUGAUACAUAUGUAAAGAUGAUCAGGUUAUAAAGAAAUUGGUCAGAUGUUAACUGUAGAGUAAAAUCUACCUUAGAUAAGCUCUCAUGAAACUUUUGAAUCCACUUAAUAUCCCCAGAUGUUAACUAUUUAAACAUUUUUGCCAAAUGACAUCUCCAGCAAGUGUUUUUGUGUGGUCACUUGUUUUGUUUUUGUUUCUCUCAGCUUCUGUUGAUUUUCUUCCCUUUUUAACUUGAGUGAAAUAAUGUAUUUGUCCUUGUUUCCUUUAUCUGGAUGCUUCUGAUUACACAUAGUACAACCUGUAUUCUUAGGGAUAUCCUAAAUAUGGGGUCAAAGAGCCCACACUGUUUGUAUUUUAUUGUAUGUUAUCUGGCAGAAAUUACAUCCAGUAAAAUAUUCUUUUUUUAAAAAAAAAUGUUUGAUACUAGUAAACUUUGUCAAAUUAGUAUAUGGUAGAAUGGUUGUAGAUAGGUUUCUUCAAUUUAUGCUUGAACCGGUUCAAAUGUAUUUUGAUACAACUGGCAACUUUGGUUUAAUAAAAUGAUUGUUUUUGACUA